UGCUGUUCCUGAACCAGAACGCCGUCUAACGGGAGUUCCUAUUUCUCCGUCUACAUCGUACGAACUAUUAUUAAUUAAUUAUACAGAAUCCAGAUGUCUCCUCCCGAGGAUCCUGUCAAUCUCUUUCGAGGCUGGCCCAAUCCCGCCCUGCUGCCUGUCGCCGACCUGCUUACUGCCUCAGGCACAGCCCUGACAACGCCCUCCGUUUACGAACCCGGUCUGUUCUACGGUCCCGACGAAGGCUACCAUCCUCUGCGUCGCCAUGUUGCCGAGUGGCUGACCUCCUUCUAUCGUCCGGCUCAUCCCAUCUCCGAACAGCGCAUCUGCAUCACCGGCGGUGCCAGUCAGAACCUGGCAUGCGUUCUACAGGUCUUCACCGAUCCCGUCUACACUCGCAAUGUCUGGAUGAUCGCUCCGACCUAUUACCUGGCAUGUCGCAUCAUGGAUGACGCAGGUUUUGCUGGUCGCCUUAGAGGCGUCCCAGAGGAUGACGAGGGCAUCGACAUUGCGUUUCUGACACGCGAGUUGGAAGCUGCCGAAGCCAUGGCCGCCGUGGAAAAGAAUUUCGAACCAAAGCUCAAGGGUUCAAGGCCAUGGAAGAAAACGUACAGGCAUGUCAUCUACGCAACCCCCACCUUCUCGAACCCGUCCAUGAAGAUCAUGUCUCUCCGUCGCCGCGAAAGUCUUGUCCGCCUGGCGCGAAAGUACGACGCCCUGAUCGUGACUGACGACGUCUACGACUUUCUACAGUGGUCGUCCGCGCCAAAUACCACACUCCCAGAACCAGCGAAGGCGUCCAUCCCGCGGCUCGUAGACGUGGAUCGCUACCUGGACGGCGGUCCGAAAGAUGAAUGGGGGAAUGUGGUGAGUAACGGCAGCUUCAGCAAGCUGGUCGGGCCUGGUGUGCGUACAGGUUGGGCCGAGGGUACCGAGAAGUUCACAUAUGGCCUUUCACAAACGUACGAUUAUGCAAAGCACCCCACACUUCCCUCAGCCACAGGACAUCAUCACAGCGAUAACGCCGCCGCCAGGGGUGAUACGCGUCCCGAUUGAUAAGUAACCGUCGCUACUCGAAGUUUGAUGCUAAUCUCGCGAACAUGUAGGGGUUCUUCACGCUCCGGCGGAGCGCCAUCCCAAUUGACGGCCACUUUCAUCGGCCAACUGCUGCCCACUUCGCUUCUACAGAAUCAUAUUCUUAACGUCCUGCAGCCCACCUAUUCGGAUCGUUACCACUGCCUCAUGUCCGCGAUUCAGCAGUAUCUCCUGCCGCUGGGCGUGACCCUUCCAUCGAAAACUGGGGAGAUCGCGGGAGGGUAUUUCAUAUGGAUCAGCCUACCACUGCCGCUGCGCGCGGAUGAUAUCGCGCAACGUGCCCUCGAUGAGGAGAAUCUCACCCUGGCUGAGGGAGAGCUCUUCCGCGUCCAAGACGACCCUGCUGAGAAUCCCCCCAGUUUUGAGCACUGCCUGCGGCUCUGCUUUGCUUGGGAGGAGGCGGGGAAGUUGGCUGAAGGCAUCCGUAGACUUGCGCGCGUAGUUGAGCGUGCUCUGUCGCGAUAGUCCGCGCUAGCUGGAGGUCCAACGGAUCUUCAGGCAUGUAUUAAAAUAGAACUAUAGAAUAUAGACAUUAGACACAAUAAUAUCCAGUGCCUAGAUUACGA